UUCAUGCUUUUCAGUGGUUUACUGAAAUAUAAUGGUAGAUUAUAUCCUGGUAAACCCACAGUGAAAUUUAUCAAAAUAUAAUUUUCACUGUGCCGGACUACUUUCUUCCCCCAAUUGGACACCUCUCUAUGUACAUGUAUAUACAUGAGGUGACAGGUUGGUUGUAGUAGCUUCCCUUUGUUUACAUGUUUGUAACAACAACAACAACACCUGUCAAAUCUGACGUCUGCUUUAGUAUACAAUCAAGAUGUCUGUAGAAGAACUGGAUCCAGAGGUCUUGAAUGACAUUUUCACAAAUUUCUUUGACCAGGAGGAAUAUGGAGACUUUCAGGUUGCAGACAGGAACUUUAGACAAGUAGAUGCUGACCAGUUUCUUAAAGAAAAUGAAAAUAAAAAUACCCAAAAGAAGACAGAGAGUGACAUGAAGUUAUUCUUCUCUUUUCUGAUGUCAAAAAAUGAAAUGAGAAAACCAGAAUACAUUCCCCCAUAUCAGCUUAAUUCAUUACUGUGUGAAUUUAUCUUGGGUGUUACCAAGAAAGAUGGCAGGGAAUAUGAGCCUACAACUUUGCGGGGCUUUAUAAGCUCUGUUGACAGAUAUCUAAAAGCAAGUGACAGCAAUGUUGCCAUAUUCAAGGACAGAGAAUUUUCCAAAACACGAGCUGUCCUUUCAAGAAAACAGCAACAGCUGAAAGGCCAGGGACUUGGCAAUAAGCCGAGAGCUGCAGAAACCAUGACAGAGUCUAUCAUUGACCAGAUGCAUGAAGCCAGGACACUAGGUGACUACACUCCAAGGUCUUUGUUACACUCCAUGUGGUUUGUAUGCACAAACCAUUUUGGAAUGCGGACAGGCAAAGAAUGCCGUGAUCUCUGCUGGGGAGAUAUUCAUCUUAGAAUGGACGAAACUUCUGGUGAGGAGUAUCUUAUAUAUGACCAAGAGAGACAAACCAAAACCAGAUCUGGUUCAAAUCCUCGGGACAUUAGAGGUACAAAACCCAAAGCCUAUGCCACUGCUGACGCCCAGAGAGAUCCUGUACAUCUGUACAAGCUGUACAGCCAGAAACGACCGGACGAAAUGUGCAAACCUGACAGCCCAUUCUUCCUUACACCAAAUGAUAAACCACAGAGAUGCUGGUUCAAAAAAACCCACUUGGAAUAAAUAAACUUUACAACA